ACGAAACCAACACCGUUAGCUCUCAGACAGCAUCGGGUCGCUGAGUGAGGAAGGACAACAAACGCAGUUUCGCCGAAUUAAACGCUAAAAAUCCACCAAAUCGUUGUCAUGAUGGGGAGGUUAUACAAGGUGGGGCUUUUGUCUCUUCUCAUUUUGUCUCUCCUGAACACUGAACCAACAUGGGCUAAAAAAGGUGGCAGCAGUAGUAGCAAGAAAACCUCGUCAACAAAGUCGAGUGGAACGAAGACAUCGAGCUCUCAGCCAGGAAACUACCCUCGACAGCCCCAGAACCCCAAUCGCAACCCAAACCCGUAUCCCCCUGGAGGAAGUUACCCUCACCCAGGAACCGGCAACACCAAUCCGGGUGGAUAUCCCAGGCAAAACCCAAGUUACCCAGGAGCUGGUAGCUACCCAAACCAGAACCCUGGAGGUUACCCGGCAGGUGGAUAUCCUGCAGGUGGAGGAUAUCCUAAUCAAAACCCAGGGAGAGGUAAUUAUCCUAAUCAAUACCCUCCUGCUGGAGGCUACCCAGCAGGAGGCAGCUACCCCAACCAAAAUCCAGGCAGAGGAGGAUACCCUAACCAGUAUCCAGCUGGUGGAGGGUACCCAGCAGGAGGCAGCUACCCCAACCAAAAUCCAGGCAGAGGAGGAUACCCUAACCAGUAUCCAGCAGGUGGAGGGUACCCAGCAGCAGGUGGCUAUCCAAAUCAAUACCCAGGCAGAGGAGGAUACCCUAACCAGUAUCCAGCAGGUGGAGGGUAUCCAGCAGCAGGUGGCUAUCCUAACCAGUACCCAGGAGGAGGUGGUUACCCAGUCAGGACUGGAAGUACAGGACAGGGUUGGGGAGCGCCUGCUGCAGGAGGUUACCCCUACAGUGGAGGAGUUGGCGGCUACCCUAACUGGAACCCGAAUAAUAAGAUCCUCAGCCCCAGGUUUGGUGGAGGAGGUUAUGGAUACGGAGGCUACGGCAGCAUGGGUGGGUCCCCUUUCUCUCGCUCUGUACAGAACAUGGGAUAUGCUCCAAAGUCCACAGGUUUUGCCAAGAAAGCUAUGCUGGCAGCGGGCGUUGGCGCUGUGGCGGGAAUGGCGGUCGGGUACGGACUGGGGCGCUUCCCUCGGCCACACUUCAGCUUCCAAAGCCCACAAGAAGAAUAUUACUACAACAAUUACAUGUACCAACGCUACGGCACCAAGUCAACAGAUCAGAAAGACUACGGACGGGAUUACGUCUACAAGCUGCCCCCACGGGCAGAGACUUAUGAGAACUUCAUGAAGCGCUGCAUGAAUAGGACUGACCUCCUGAAAGAUCAGGGCUCAACCACUCCCAAAAGUGGCGAUGACGCGGAGGAUAACGACACGGUCGGUAUCGAGGAAAUCGGGUACCCAGCCCUAAUCGACCAAGUGAAGUCCCGACGUUGUAUGGAGGAGUACAUGGCCUACUCCGAGCGAUUCUUGCAGGAAAAAAAGUUUGAGCCACGAGUUCAGCAGUCACCUAAUAGCAGUCCCACGAGCUUCGGGGUGAUUCAGCUUCUCACUUCCUGCCUUGUGCUUCUGUCCAGCAUGCUCAUCCUGCAGUGAGGAAGAAGAGAAGCACUCCUUUUACUGAUGUCCUAAAUGGAUUUCCUCUGCCUCCCGUUAUAUCUGCAUGUUCAGUAAAAGUGUAUGUAUCUUCACAGUCUAAACAUUAACUGUGUGCUUUGACAUAAUAAAACCAGGUUAUGUUGCUGCAGAAAACUGGCAAACAGUAACAGGAUUGUUUCAUGUUUUUACAAUCUUAAUAAGUCUGAUUUGAAGGGCAACGUUCAAUUUAAAAUGCUUUAUAGACUUAUUUUUGUGUUUUAUGUAAUGCUCUUUGAUCAUCUUCUUUUCAUAAUUUAAUUUAAAUCAACUAAAUCUUUUAUUUAAGAGUGGGAACUGGAUGCUUAGAAAGGUCAUUCCAGAAGACCAUAUUAGAUCAUAAACUGUUUUUUUUCCACUUGAGAUGAAAAAAAUCUCUUUUUUUAUAAAUGGAAAAACACUCUGCAUGGUUUGCCUGCAUCUUGUUGAUAAUUUAAUGAAGUGGUAGCCAUUUUAAAGAAGGGUUUUUAACAUUAUAUACCAAAGAUGAUUCAUAAUUAUAGUCACAGCAUUUUAUUAUAAGAAGCUUUAGUCACCAUAAUAGUGUAAUAAGUUUUCAAGAUAAACGAUGAAUGUUGAGGAUGCCACAGCUGUAGGAAAAUAGUUGAAGCAGAUUUUUGGUCUCAACGGCCUCCCCAAACCACCCAGACUCAAACAUCUUGUGACUAUUAAAAGUCCAACCCUGAGGUAGUGUUUCCUGCCUGUUCUAAAAGUAUAUCUGUUGAUAAGACUGGAAGAAAAGGAGCUUUGAUUAGCCGAAUGUCUAACAUACAGCUUUGUAAAUAGCUGCAAAGCAACAAUAUUUGAGAAGAAAGAGAGAGGGAACUCUUUGAUCAAAAAUGAAAACAUAAAAAAUAUGAAUCUUCACAAUGAUCACUGCAAAACCAUAAUGAAUAAAGUUUGAAACCAUCAUUUACCUUCCAUGCUUCAAACAUGUUUUAGGAAAUGUGUCGAAACACAAGAGAUUAUACUAGUGUAAACAUUUUGUUUUGCUUUUCUGACUCAAAUCACUUUCCCUGAACCCCUGCAUGUAAAAACCCCUGAUGGAAAAAGAGACGUCGGGUAAUCUUGUUGUUGUUUUGUGACAAAAGUUGACAAUAAUCUGAUGCUUGUUUAUUAGCUUGUUUUAAUUUGCCACUCUUACUGUAUUUGUCAUUACUGUAUUUGCCAUUACUGCUGAUUUCUUACUGCUGGGUAAGAGUGGCAGAUCCUGUAUGAAACUCAAUCCUUCCUGCUCUGUUGUGAUUUUGACAAGGUAUCUUCUGAUCACUUGUAUCUUCCUGCAGCACAGUGAGAUAGUCAAAGGUCAGGUUUUGUUGACUUUGUAAAUACUUGCUUGUUUUUACUCUAACUUUUUACGCAUGGUAUAUGUACACGGUAACUUUCUUUGUUUUUAAUUUAAAAAAAAACCCACAAUGAUUUUUCGUUCAGUUCCUGUUUAAUUUGUUCCUUCUGGCUGUUUUAAACUUCAUGUUGAAUCCACAAAUAGAUUAGAAUAUCUGUAAAGUGCACUUAUUUCCCUGCAGAACUGGAUAUUCUGUAAUAAGUGUAGAUGUCUGGAUGAGUUUUAGUUUUAUUUUUUUCCACCUGAGUCACACUUUCUAACAGCUACUGAUAUGGUUUGUAAUGGAUGUUUAAUAAAAUAAAGUCCCACAUCAUU